GUCGUGAACUGCCUAUUAUGUGCCCCAGCUAGAAGGCCGCCGGCGAACGAAGACACUCUUAGAGGAUUAUGGUACAGGUAAAGAAUCGGACUGUGCAACCGUCCGAGCCAAUCCUGUCGUGGAUCGCGGCAAUGAGUGGCAAUGCAAGACGCACCAAUGCGGCUUGCAAUGAUAAGAUCCAUCAUACACCGUACUCAGCGAGGAUUCAUCCUUGUCGGCGAUUUGGGCGAAAUGGUGAGCUCGAUAAUCUUGCUUUUCGCUUUCGACAAGACUCUCGGUCCUGCUUUAUUGAGAACGUCGGUCAUACCCUGGGAGAAUGUGAUGCGCCACAAAGUCCGUUUCUCUGAAUUUCAGUAUCUUUUGAUGCAAGAUGAUUGCACUGCUGGACCCUUUCGCGCAAUUCCUCAGGGGACGACUGCCUAGACAUAGGGGGAAGGCCUUCAAAAAGUCGCCCUUCGUACACUUGAGUCGCCUG